AUGGCUGCUCGUUCGCGUCCUAGGACUAUUCAGCCGCGCCGACUUGAAACACGUCUGUCCUACUCUUCUCAGUCACCAGCCGUUCAAUUUCACGAGGACAAUAUUACUGAAGUAGAGGCUCGCAAGCGCCUGUCAUCGUAUGUUGUCGUUCGCGUUGAAAAGUCGCCGUCUACUAUCGACGACGAAGGCAAUCUUGCACCUCCAACCUGGGAAAAAGCAUCGCACAUGAUCCAGAGAGACAUCUCUCAGCAGGAGGCAAAGUACAAAGUACAUGAGCUCAACCAAGAGACUGGCUCCGUGCUGGACAAGAAACAUGAGCUUUCAUCGGCCCUUCAACGACGAUUGGAGCGUGCACAUGUUUGGCUGGAGAAGAUGGAAUCGGAUCGUCGCUAUGUCUAUACACUUGUCCAGCUAGAUUGGACGUUUAAGAGGGUCGAAACACCAAGAGAAUACUAUGCAAGGCAUGGCAAGCCCAGCAAGGAUAAGAAGACGACCAAAGAGCGCCAUAGGUCCAGGCCCAAGAAAGAGCGGUUGUCGGUGACGGCGUACUUUAAGAGGGAGCCUUCCAACAAUGAAAAUUGGCUCAAGAUGUAUAACCACCAGCAGAGCGACAAGAAAGGAGAUGGAAGCCAACUUAAGUCAUCUGGAAUGGCACGCCAGGAUACCUCUGGAUCACAGAAUUCUAGGAGUUCAGCCACUUCCUUCAGCUCUUUCUCCAGCGAAGACUCCAAUGGCGUUCCAACGCCAAACUCUUCUGUUGACGACAUAUCUCCCCAUCGUCAGUACGAAGAGGGAAGAGGGCGAAGUAGAUACCGCCAAAGCAGGAACAGGGAGCACUUUGAGAUAGUAGUAGCCCGCCCGCAGCGAGAAUGUGAUUCUGUGCGCAGACACGACUACAUUCCUCCUCCAGUUCCUGAUCCUACCAGGCCAGAGCCUAAACCUGUAACAGACUCCUUGAGAAGCAUGGAGCAGAGGGCUUGCGGCGAGGGAAGAUCCAGAUCUGUGAGGGACUCGCCACGCCAGCCUCGCCUUACUCAAAGCCCUCUUGAGAAACAAAGCAUCUCUCUCCAUCGUGUUCCAUACUACGCCCUAAGUGGUGAGGAUGUAGACCAGCUGGGAGAUGGACUCAGUCGUGCAUCACUUGCAGAUGCGCCCAAGAGCAGUCGCCAAGAGCCGGCCUCGGGCGCUGCAACAGCUCACUACACAUACAGGCCUUUGAGACAAUGUCGUGGCGAUGGCGACGAGGAGUUGCUAGUCUCGGAGCCGAAUGAUAUUGUCUGGCGGAAGCAAGAUGCUCAGCGGUAUAUGGAUAACAAACGGCGUUUCGAUCAAGAUGCGUGGGAUCUGGGUCGUAGGAGUCCUUUGUUAUAUGCAGAUGGCGGUGGAGAGUAUAGGUAA